ACGACGAGCGCCGCCGCCGCCGCCGCCGCUCCACACCACUCCUUGCCUGGUUCCUCCAUCCUCUUCUUUCCCACGCCACGGGCCUCGACGGCGGAGGCGGCUGCCCCCGAAUUGUCUCACCGUUGAUCGAUCCCCUCUCCGCCUUAAGCGCUACCUCGUCGCGGAUCCAAGAAGGUGCAAGUUUGCCGCGGAUUCCCUUGCUGUGUCCUGCGUGUAGUAAGUUUCUUUCCAAGAAAUUUUGGGGAUUAAGCUUGAACCCUCAUGCUCCAAGUCAGGUACGGCCCUGGAUGCAUCUUCUGAGUCUCGGAUGCCGCCAUGGCGCUGCUAGAGGGGCGCUGCAGCGGCUUCCGCUCUGCAGCAGCUUGUCGCAAUCAUCGUGCAUACACUCGAACCGGGAUGUUAGCAGUGUUACCCUCACGGUAGAGGAAGAAGCGGCGGCCAGGCGGAUCAAGAACUCGCUCUCGAGAGCACGCAAGUGGGGUGUCCAGGACUUAAUUCAGCGCCUUGGAGCUGAUUGUUCAGGAAUCCAGCUUACCGGUAGCAUUGUGGACACCCUGCUCACCAAGUUUGGGGAUGACUGGAAAUCGGCGUUGGGCUUCUUCCAGUGGGCGCAGUCACGGGACGAUUACAGGCACACGGCCUAUGCCUGCAAUCGGAUGGUUGAUUUGCUUGGGAAGAUGAGGCAGAUUGACCGAAUGUGGGAGCUUUUGUCUGACAUGCACUGCAGAGGAUUGAUCACGGUUGAGACGGUCGCAAAGAGCAUCAGGAGGCUGGCAGGUGCGAGGAGAUGGAAGGAUGCUGUUUUGCUGUUUGAUAAGCUGGAGGAUAUGGGGCUGGAGAAGAACACGGAAACGAUGAACAUUCUGCUUGAUGCGUUUUGCAAGGAGAGAAGGGUUGAAGUGGCGCGUGAGGCCUUUGCCGUGCUAAGUGCGCACAUUCCGCCUGAUGCAUAUACAUUCAACAUUUUUGUCCAUGGUUGGUGCAGUGUCCGUAAGAUCGACGAGGCAAUGUGGACAAUUGAAGAAAUGAGGAGUCGUGGGUUUCCACCUUCAGUCAUCACAUACACCACUGUUCUUGAAGCUUAUUGUAAGCAACGUAACUUUAGGAGGGUCUAUGAAGUUCUUGAUUCAAUGGGUUCUCAGGGCUGUCAUCCAAACGUUAUCACUUACACCAUGAUCAUGACAUCAUUAGCAAAGUGUGAAAGGUUUGAAGAAGCCUUGAGUGUAUCUCACAGAAUGAAGUCAUCUGAUUGUAAGCCUGAUACGCUAUUCUACAACUCCUUGAUCAACCUUCUUGGUAAAUCAGGCCAUCUGUUCGAAGCUUCCCAAGUAUUUCGAAUGGAGAUGCCAACGAAUGGUGUAUCCCGUAAUCUGGCCACCUAUAACACCAUGAUUUCAAUAUUUUGCUACUACGGUCGAGAUGAUGAUGCUCUCAAUGUGCUGAAAGAAAUGGAAGUGCAAUCUUGUAAGCCUGACAUUCAGUCAUAUCGACCACUUCUUAGGCUUUUUUUAAGCAGAAGAGGCCAAGAUGAUACCGUCCGGCACUUGUUGAGUGAACUUACCAGCAAACAUAAUCUAGGUUUAGAUCUUGAUACAUACACCCUUUUGAUACAUGGUCUUUGUAGGGUCGGUAAUACCAAGUGGGCGUAUCAACUGUUUGAUGAGAUGGUUAGUAGUGAAAUAGCACCUAGGAGUAAAACAUGUGAGCUGCUUUUGAAUGAAGCACAAAGGACAAACAUGGAGACUUAUGUUGAAAGAAUCAGGAAUUAUAUUACUUACUUUGGAAUUUCUGUUUAACUUGUU